UGCACAUGCGCAUUAAUAUCGAUCGAAAAUCCGGAAAAUCUACGACGAAAAUUGUGAGACAAAGAUCACAAAAUUACAGACAUUAGCUAUGGCAUAUAAUAUCACCAUGUAAUCCAAAUGAAAUCUGCCGGUUAUCAAAUUCUGGAUCUACAUUCAACAAUAAAGUAAAUAAAAUAAUUCAACACAAUGUAUAACGGAAUUGGUCUAGACACUGUUCGUGGCAGCGGUACCAAUGGCUAUGUAACACGGAACUUGUCGCAAGUUCGAAAAGUCAAAGAACGUGUGGAUUAUAAAUCAGAGGAGGAGUUGCGGAAACUCGAUGCAGAGUUAACCCGUGGACCAAAUCAGGAGAUUUUGGAUCAUGAACGGAAGAGAAAAGUUGAACUGAAAUGUAUGGAGAUGACUGAACUCAUGGAAGAGCAAGGGUAUUCCACAGAGGAAAUAGAUCGUAAGGUGUCAAUGUUUCGCAAGAUGUUAAUGGAAAAAGAGAAAGUGACGGAUCAGUCCAUCGAGAAAGACGAACAUGGACGCCCAAUUGCAAGAACCACUCACCAGAUGGCUGAAGCCAACCAGGAGAAGAACCAACAAUUAAAGGCAGCAUUUGGAAUAAGCGAGUAUUACGUUGAAGGAAGCGGAAUGGAUCCUGAGCGUAGGGCUAAAGAGAAGAAAGCAAAAGAAGAUGCUGAAAAGGCACUAGCUAUGGCCAGAACAAAAUAUAAGAUUAUAGAAGAGUCAAGUUCUGAUAAAUCACCAUCACCAGAACCUAAGAAAAAAAAGAAAAAGAAACAGAGAGAAAGAUCUGAAAGUUCAUCACCAGAAAGAGAAAGAAAAAAGAAGAAGAAACACAAACGUGGAAGAUCGUACUCUCCCAGGAGAAAGGAUGCUGAUAAACGGAAAAGGAAAGGUAAAAGAAGGAGUCCAUCAAGUGGAAGUUCCAGUGAAGAAAGUGCAAGUGAAUCUGAUAGCUCACUAAGUCCAUCGCCAGAACGACCCAAGAAGAAAUCGAGAUCUAAGAAGAAAUCACGUCGUUCCUAUAGCCCAGAUGAAUCCAGGAAAAAGCGCCAUAAAUCGCUUGAAAGUUCAAGAAGUCGAUCCCCUGUAGGGAGAAGGGGGCAUAGUAGGUCUCUUAGCUACUCACCAAAACAUCGUAGAAGGUCAUUAAGUGGAUCUCUGACACCACCUAGAAGUAAACGCAGCUCACGUCAUUCUAAAUCCACGACACCUGUCAAAAAACGGUCAUCCAGAAGGUCGAAAAGUCGCAGUCCCCAUAAAUCUAGAUCAAGGUCAAAGAAACGUUCAAAGAGGAGCCCUAGACGACGUUAUUCAUAUAGUAGAUCCCGGAGUCACAGUCCAUAUCGCAGCCCAACACGCAGCCCUUCAAUACGCCGCAGAAGGGAUUCUCCCAGCCAUUUAGAUCGCAGACGAAUCACAAGGUCAGACUCACGGGAGCGAUAUUCAAGGAGAUAUUCCAGGUCAAGGUCACCAAGAAGUAGGUCACCGAGGUCACGUAGAGGACGUCGCUGAAAUAGAGAAGCAUAAAAUCCUGACAAACAUGUGCACGCAAAAAGCCGAUUCCAUAUGUACGGCCAAGUCCCCCCACCCCAAGUUCCGACAGUGACUUUUCUCUGUACUCAUACAGAUCUCGGUCAAGGUCAAGGUCGCGAAGAAAACACAAACGCAGACGUAGCUGGAGUUGCAGUAGUGAAGACAGUGAUGAUAGUUACAUAUGAAUUCAAGCAAAAUGCCAAAAUUUUGAAUCAGUUAAACAGUUAUGCAUUCCAAAUGUUGUCUCAAUAAAGCGGAGGGAGGAGGUUUAUUAUACAGUAAGAUCUUCAGGACCUUCUUUUUAGUGUUCACCCUCCCUUUGUUUAAUUCUUCUCUUUCUCGAGAAUGUUGAAAGAUAUAAUGGCUAUAUUGCCAUUUAUAGUAUAAGGCAAAACAAAGAUUGUUUUUUCAUCCUUAGACUCAAAUAAAUAAUUUUUCAUAUUUCUUGAGAAAGAUUAGAACAUGAAUGGCUUGCAACUGUUAGAUAUUUAUUAAUGCAAUAGAUCGAUGUACAGGUUCUGUGUAAACAUGUGAAGGUUUAAUAAAUAAAACAACGAAAGUAUUAAUAUUAAAACAUAUAGAGGGGAUUGUUAAUCAUGUAUUUAGGAUUAAAUCUGUAUUACAUGACUUCUUGCUUUAUAUUGAAGAACACUUUAAGAAUGUUUUGAAGAAAUGACAGAGGUAUUUAGCCCUAUUAUGGUGCAAAAAUAUUUUUAUUUUCCAUUAACAUGACAUUCCAGACCUGUGCAUCUUGAUAGAUUAUUAUAUGUUACACCAAUCUCACAUGGAUUGGAAUCAGAUUUGACUUAAAGGCUAGAAAAAUUAAUGUUUCGUUUACCAUCAUUUUUGUGAAAAUCUUCCUUUUACAUGUCCAUGCAUGACACAUUUUGAUGGAAUGGAAUAUCACAGAAAAGAUGAAGACUGUAAACAAAAUGUUAAUUUUCACCAGCCUUGAAAUAGUGUGCAAUAAGAGAGAAUAGUUCUUAUGUGUAAAUAUAGAGGGUACUGCAACUCCAACUAGUCAUUAAAAGUGAAUUUUAUAGUAUUUAUUGAACAAAUAUCACAAAAAGUUUAAUAUAUUUAAGUUAUUUUGUCAUUGUUUCAUUUCUUAAUACUGUGCUUUUAUUGUCAGGCAUGUUGAUUACAACUGAUAUUUAGAAUUGAAAUAACAAUUUUACAACAAAUCAUUUUCAAGAUAAAAUAAAAUAAGAUACAGUAGCAAAUACAACAUGUCCUUUUGGCUAUGGGGACAAAUGUGUGCACAUGUUUGAAGGAUUAGUAACAAUUAUGAAUGAGUAGCUUUAAAUAUUACAAUGGUCAUUGUGGUUCCUAAUAAACUGGCUGAUUUCUCUAUUUCUGUAAUACCCAGAGAAAGGCUGGCUAUCAAGUACCUGAAGGGAAUAUAAUAGUACCUAAAGGCAAUAUAGUAAUGCCAUUAUAGAGCCAAAAGUUUCAAGGCCUCUGUAGCUGAAAUAAAAGAAAAAAUUGAACUUCUUGCAGCAUGACCAUAUAAGGCACUAAACAGCAUGACCAUAUAUGGUUCUACAGGGUAUGACCAUAUAUGGCACUACAUGACCAUUGUGAUAUUUUGAGAAAGAUAUUGAGAAUUAAGUGUAUUCAGUUGAAUAAAAUAUGGUUACAUUUAUUUCAAUUGAAUGUACUGAAUAUCUUGAGUGGAUAUGUCAACUUGAUCGAUCUAUGAUAACAACAUGUACCAUGUACAUGUAUACCAAUAAUAAUGUGAGCUAAACCAAAAGAAAUAGAGGAUAUCUUAAAUUUAAAUGUCAACAUUUUGAACUCCUUAUUAGGUCAAUAAAAACUUAACUUUGAUGAAACUUUACUCUGGAUUUUCUUUAAUAAAUUUUUGAAUAUUCAGAUGUGGUCUCAGAAAAUGUUUUAAAGUAUCCUGACACUAAGUAAAACCUUUAAAUGGAACACUUCUUUAAGUGCAAUGCCUCUGUAAGUGCAACUCUGACAAAAGUCCUGGUGCCCACUAACUUGAUAACAGAUUUACAUUUUGAGGUUCUAAAGGUGUUUCACUUACACAG